AUGACGCCGCCGCCAGAUGCCGCCUUCACCACUGGCAUCCUCCUCGUCCUCGCCCUCUUGGUUUCUGCCGGCCGCAGCCAUGCCACAACGGAGUCGGAGGCCGAGGCGCUGCUAGACUGGAAGGUCAGCUUGGGCGACCCGGAUGUGCUCUCUAGCUGGGCCAAGGCCACGGGGCUUUGCUCCUGGCUUGGCGUAUCCUGCAACAACACCGGCCGUGUCGAAUCCCUCAGGCUCCAGGGGAUAGGCCUCGCUGGCAUGCUCAACAAGCUCAAUACCACAGCUUUUCCCACCCUCAUCGUGCUUGACCUCAAUGGUAACAACUUUGUCGGCGUCAUCCCAGCAAGCUUCUCACAGCUGCGCUCCCUUGCCGUGCUCGACCUCGGCAGCAACGGGUUCGAGGGCCCCAUCCCGCCUCAGCUCGGCGAUCUCUCUGGCCUUGUCGACCUGCGUCUUUACAACAACAACCUCGUUGGCGACAUCCCGCACCAGCUCAGCAGGCUCCCCAGGAUCGUGCAUUUCGACCUGGGCUCCAACUUUCUCACCAACCCAGACUACGGUAGGUUCUCACCAAUGCCCACCGUCACCUUCAUGUCGCUCUCCCUCUGCUACCUCACCGGCAGCUUCCCAGAGUUCGUUCUCGAGAGCGGCAACAUCACCUACCUCGACCUAUCGGAGAAUGAUAUCUCUGGGCCAAUACCGAACUUGCUACCGGAGAAGCUCCCCAACCUCAAGUACCUCAACUUAUCCUUGAACGCCUUCUCUGGCCAGAUACCAGCGUCGCUGUCGAAGCUGAGGAAGCUCCGGGACCUGCGGGUUGCAACCAACAAUCUGACUGGUGGCAUUCCUGAUUUCCUUGGGUCCAUGUCCCAGUUGAGAGCUCUUGAACUCAGCAACAACCCGCUCGGUGGGACGAUCCCACCGGGUCUUGGUCAGCUCCAAAUGCUGCAACACCUUCACCUGAAGAACUACGGGCUGGUUUCCACUAUUCCUCCACAGCUGGGCAACCUGGGCGAUCUCAAUUUUGCGGAGUUGUCAGUGAAUGAGUUCACUGGUGCCUUGCCGCCGGAGUUGGCCGGGAUGCGCAAAAUGCGGGAGUUUGGCAUUUCGUUGAACAAACUCACUGGUCAGAUUCCUCCAGCUUUGUUCACGAGCUGGACAGAGCUCAUAUCGUUCCAAAUAUUUGGAAACUCGCUCACUGGGAAGAUACCGCCAGAGCUCUGCGAGGCAACGAAGCUAAUAAUCUUGUAUCUCUUUGACAACAACCUUACCGGUUCUAUCCCAGUAGAGCUUGGCGAAUUGGUGAGCCUGAAUCAGUUGGACUUGUCCAUGAAUUGGCUCACGGGCCUUAUACCCAGCUCGUUGGGUAAACUCACGCAGCUCAUGAGGCUGUCGCUCUUCUUCAACCUGCUCACCGGACCGAUCCCACCGGAGACAGGCAACAUGACUGCGUUGCAAGUCUUGGAUGUCAACACGAACUGUUUGGAAGGCGAGCUGCCCACCACCAUCACAUCGCUCAGGAAUCUAAAAUAUUUGGCCCUAUCCAAUAACAACUUCAGUGGUACCUUACCACCGGACCUCGGGAAGGGAUUGAGCUUGAUCAACGCAAUGUUCGCGAACAAUAGCUUCUCAGGUGAACUACCACGGAGCCUGUGUGAUGGGCUCGCGCUAAUGAACUUCACAGCGAAUCACAACAACUUCAGCGGCACGCUGCCGCCAUGCCUCAAGUACUGCACAGGCCUAUUUCGUGUGAGGUUGGACCAGAACCAAUUCACCAGCGACAUCUCAGAGGUGUUCGGUGUCCAUCCCAUUUUGGAUUUCGUGGAUAUCUCAGGGAACAAGCUGACAGGGCAGUUGUCGACUGAUUGGUCACGGUGCACAAAUCUAACAAUUCUAUCGAUGAACAACAAUCGCCUGUCUGGAAACAUUCCUGCAGCCUUCUGUGGAUUGACCUCUCUCCAGUUACUGGAUCUAUCAAAUAACCACUUCACUGGUGAGCUCCCAAGUUGCUGGUGGAAACUACAAGCACUGGUCAUUAUGGAUGUGUCCAGCAAUGGGUUUUGGGGUAAAUUUCCUACUGCAUCAAUAAGCUUGAGCGAGUUCCCUCUCCAAUCACUUCAUCUUGCUAACAAUAGCUUCUCCGGGGAUUUCCCAUCUAUCAUUGAAACCUGUUGCAGUAAGCUCAUCACACUAGAUCUUGGGAACAACAUGUUCUUCGGCACUAUUCCUGGUUGGAUUGGAAGAAGUGUUCUUCUUCUACGAGUUCUGGGCGUCUCAUCCAACAAUUUCAGUGGCGUUGCUCCGUCCGAGAUAUCCCAACUUUCUAAUCUGCAAGUACUUGACAUGUCCAACAAUAACUUUACUGGAUUCAUCCCGGGUACGUUUCGCAACUUAUUUUCCAUGAUGGAACAAAUGUCCUCUUGGACAGCAGAAACUUCUGAAAGGCAUGACGUGGUCCAGUUGAGCCAGAUUUCUAUUUUUUCUCGGAGGACCAUGCCACCUGAUAACCCGUCGUCAGCAGAUGAGUACCGAGAGAGACUUAACAUUUUCUGGAAAGGCCGUGAGCAAACUUUUCAGAAAACAAUCAAGCUAAUGACAGGCAUCGAUUUAUCGAGCAAUCUGUUUCUAGGGGACAUCCCCGAGGAGCUAACAUACCUUCACGGUCUCCGAUUCUUGAACUUGUCCAGAAAUGAUCUAUCAGGCAGUAUUCCAAAAAGCAUUGGAAGUUUGGAGGUCCUGGAGUUCCUUGACCUGUCAUGGAAUGAACUUUCAGGUGCUAUCCCUCCUAGCAUCUCAAAUUUACCAUCCCUCGGCGUGUUAAAUCUCUCCAACAACCACUUAACAGGGCCCAUACCUACUGGAAGUCAGCUGCAGACACUUGUAAACCCAUCGAUUUACGGCAACAAUCUGGGGCUUUGUGGCUCCCCGUUGAGCGUACAUUGUCUGGAUGAGGGAACUCAAGACCAUAGACAGCAACUCGGAAGCGAUGUGGGGUUGUGUUACUCUGUAAUUCUUGGCGUUGUUUUUGGUUUUUGGCUUUGGUUUGGAGCUCUAUUUUUCCUCGAGCCAUGGAGGGUUUCCUUCUCCCGUUUUCUUGAUAAGUUGUGCAUCAAGUAA